AAAUUCUGAAAAAAACAAAAAUCAGAAAGAAAAUGUAUAUAAACGUAUUUUAAUCGCUUGCCUUCUUCUUUGAGUCUCUCUCUUCUCCUCCUCUUGCUUGAGAGUUCUCGGAAAUCCUGAAUUUGCGUUUUCCAAGGAAGAAUCACGGAAAAAGUAGACCAUGAAUCGCUUUUAAGGGAAGGCGAGAAUCAAACAGGACUAAAAUUUGAUCCAUAAGUGUCCUGCCGGUGCUCCUUAAAGAGCUGUUUUUUGUGAUUUUUCUUUCUUUUGCUAACUCGCCGCCAGUAACUCGUUAGGAAAUUCUCUAUGGCUUUAGAUACUUUGAGGUCCGAAACAAAUAAGCAAAGGCUUGGUCUUAUAAAAGAUCAAGUUCAAUUGGUAAAAAGGAAGGAUGCUGGACGAUAUGAAAUGGUCCCUAUCCGAGAUAAACUAUCAUUUGAGAAGGGUUUCUAUGUUGUAGUCCGUGCAUGUCAAAUGCUUGUCCAGAAGAACGAUGGACUGAUAUUCAUAGGACUAGCUGGCCCUUCUGGAGCGGGAAAGUCUUUAUUUGCUGAGAGGAUACUUGACUUUAUGCCCAGUGCAGCUGUUAUAUCAAUGGAUAACUAUAAUGAUGCUAGUAGACUUGUUGAUGGAAAUUUUGAUGACCCACGUUUGACUGACUAUGACACAUUGCUCCAGAAUAUACGUGACAUGAAGGAUGGGAAGCAAGUUGAGAUCCCCAUAUAUGAUUUUAAGGCUAGUUUACGCACAGGAUACAGGACACUUGAAAUUCCUAGCUCUCGCAUUGUAAUAAUUGAGGGUAUAUAUGCUCUUAGUGAGAAGCUGCAACCCUUACUGGAUCUUCGUGUAUCUGUUACCGGUGGGGUGCACUUUGAUCUUGUUAAACGAGUUUUACGUGACAUACAACGUGCAGGGCAAGAACCACAAGAAAUUAUCCACCAGAUAUCUGAAACGGUAUACCCAAUGUAUAAGGCUUUUAUUGAGCCGGACCUCCAAACAGCACAUAUUAAGAUCAUCAACAAGUUCAACCCUUUUUCUGGGUUCCAAUCUCCAACUUAUAUUUUAAAGUCAACAAAGAAAGUGACAAUAGAUCAUGUCAAGAGUGUCAUGCUUGGGGAAUACACAGAAGUAAUAGAACAAAUUUAUGACAUAUAUCUUCUCCCACCUGGUGAAGAUCCAGAAUCAUGCCAGUCAUAUUUGCGGAUGCGAAACAAAGAUGGAAAAUACAAUCUCAUGUUUGAGGAAUGGGUUACAGACCCCCCAUUUAUCAUAUCCCCGAGAAUAACUUUUGAAGUUAGUGUGCGUCUUCUUGGUGGCUUGAUGGCCUUGGGUUACAAGUUAGCUGCCAUCUUGAAGAGAAAUAGCCAUGUAUUUACAGAUGAAAGGAUCUGCGUGAAAAUAGACCAGUUAGAACAAUUGAACCGUCAGUAUGUCCAGGUGCUAGGGAAAGAGCGUGUCAUUGUUAAGAAUGUGGCUGAGGAGUUGGGAUUGGAUGGUUCAUUUGUUCCACGAACUUAUAUUCAACAAAUACAGCUGGAAAAGCUAGUAAACGAUGUUAUGGCUCUACCAGAUGACUUAAGGACAAGGCUAAGCAUUGAUGAGGAUCUAGUAUCAAGUCCUAAAGAGGCUCUAUCUCGAGCAUCUUUGGAGAUGCUGUCCAUGAGAAAUGAUAAUAUUAUGUGUGGCAUGUCUCGUUCAUUCUCAACGCAAGGGGAUAAAAGUCUUUCCAAAGUUACUGGAUAUGUCAUGAAUGGUCGUAGUAGGAACACAGAGGAACAAGUUACUUCGUCAAACCAGGGCGAAGUUACACAACUAUCAGAACAAAUCUCCACUCUAAAUAAUAGGAUGGAUAAGCUCAUGGUUCAGGUUGAAGAGCUGAAUAACAAGUUCGACAGCAAAAGGGAUUCUUCAGUCAGCCCAAACGGUUUUUUUCUGCAACCUGAAGUUUGUAAUGGUUCUGUUUCCACAUCAUAUUUCAUCCCUGGUUUAGGCAACAGUUCUUUGCCUAAUUCCUUAUCGUGUUCUCAGUUAACAAAAGAGUCUCCUUUGAUGGAAGAGAUAACAAAUAUUGGAAGAGCACAGAGAAAAAUUGGGCAUCAGUUAGAGAAUCUUGGAAGCCUUAUGCAGAUUAACAUCAAAGAAGGAAAGAACAAUCAAACAAAAUCCAAGAGAAAAGACUCGAUCCUAAUAAUAGAGCGACCCAUUCGGGUUUCUUUGAUUCUAACAUUGGUGAUUGGCGGUCUGGGAAUUGUCUUAUUCAAGAUCAAGUCAUAAUACAUAUUCAUCAGAAAUUUUCAUAUCUAUAGUUUUCAUUUUUCUUAAUGUUUUCAUUUUGAUCCAAGUCCACACUUGUGAUGAGAGAAUGGUGAUUUCAGGCUUUAACUUGCUCAAAAUAGGUUUUUCUUUAUAAGAUUU